UGGGUUUAGGCUGCUGGAGGGUGGUGGGAAUUCUUUCGGCCUGUUUUCCAGGGGAUGGUAAUUAUAAAAAGCCCAUCAUCCAUCCAUUAGAUAGAAAGCAAAGCAAAGAAACAAGGCAUCGAGCAGCUGAAGCACUAUCCAAUUUAUCUCCCCAGAAUUUCUCAAGCCGAUUCAAUGAAUCCAUAACCUUUGUGGGUUUUUUUGGCUUGUACCGCGAUUUCAUCGCUUUCCGGGUUUCCUAGCUGAUAAUUCAACAGUAUCUGCUGCAACUUUUACUUUGAUUCUGCAGAAACUGAAGAACUUCAGCUGUGUUGUGUAUAUCUAGUUACACAAAGAGAAGGUCUUGAUCCUCAUUUAACUCUUCAAGUUCGUUUCGCAAAGAUGGGUCUCUCAACUCUUCCAUCUCCAUCUGAAGGAGUCCUGUGUCUACUCCUGGUAAACACGGCACUGUCUAUCUCUAUUGUCAAAGGAAUCCUCCGUUCAAUCCUUCACAUAGUCGGCAUCCAUCUCCCACCAUCAUCACCUCCAUACUCCGAGUUCACUGAAGAACCCACGAUGGACCCUUUUGAGUUCACCACUACUACCUCAGAUGCCUUCAUUGACCAAUUCCGAAGCCGGGCUGCCUCGGAAGGUUACAUUGAGGAGUUCCGCAGCAGGAGUCCACCAACUCGGUUCGACAAAGUAUGCCGGACCGAACAUGACUGCUCAGUCUGCUUGACUCGGUUCAACCCAGAAUCGGAGAUCAAUCGACUGUCCUGUGGGCAUAUCUUCCACAUGGUAUGCCUUGAGAAGUGGUUGGACUAUUGGAACAUCACUUGCCCUCUCUGCAGGAGCCCGUUGAUGCCUGAAAAAGAGGAUGCAUCGUGCUUUUCCUGAUGGAAGGUAUAGCGAUUUUAUAGUGAGAUACCGAGAGAGAUGCCAUGUACAGCGUGCUAGUGUGUACAUAGAGGGUACUUUUCUAGUUUUGCUGUGAAAUCCAGGGAGCAUAGAUUGGGAGCUUGAGAGAGUACUUGGAAGUUCUUUCAUUGUACAUAUUGUGAGAGUGAGAGAGAGAGGGUUUUAGGUUUAUGAUCAUAAUCUAUUGCAGCUAUCCAUCCAACAGAAGAGAUCUGGUUUAUACUUGGUUUGUGAAUCCUUAUUCUUUCUGGUUUACUUGUUUCCUGCUGAUUGAAUCUGUGCUUAUGGUGGAUGCAUCAUGGAUUAUAUGCAUCCGUGGUGAGUUUGCAGCUUUUAAUGUCUAACCGAGUCAAAUGUUGCUGUGACUUCGUGAGGACGAGGUAAAACAAGACCCACUGCCCCUACGUUCUCAUACGAAACCCAAAUCCUAGGUUUAGCAGCAAGUCAGUCAAAUGGAG